AUGCGUUGGGAAUUUAAAAAAAAUAAUACGUAUGAAAAUCGUCGUAGUGAAGGUGAACGUAUUCGUCGUGAAUAUCCUGAUCGAUGUGCUGUCAUUGUUGAAAAAGCACCCACUUCACGUGUUAGUGAAUUACCAUCUAAAAAGUAUUUAGUACCAAAUGAUUUAACGGUUGGUCAGUUUUAUUUUCUAAUUCGUAAACGUAUUCAGUUACGUCCAGAAGAUGCACUCUUCUUUUUUGUCAAUAAUACAAUUCCUCAAUCAUCAAUGACCAUGGGACAAUUGUAUCAAGAACAUGCCGAUGAAGAUAAAUUUUUGUAUGUUGCUUAUAGUGACGAAACAGUUUAUGGUGGUUAA